AUGAUGAUAAUGAUGAUUGGGGCGGUGGUGGUGGAGUUUUUGAUGAUAAUGAUGAUGAUGAUGAUGAUGAUGAUGAUGGAGUUGAGGAAGAGACUUCAUCAACACCUUACUCGACAAAGUUCACUUUAUGAAUCCCAAGAAUUGAAAAUUGAAAUGCCUGAUGAACAAACUUCGGACUACAAUGGUUCAAUCAAUGGCUCACAUAGUCUUCGAAACUCAACAACCGGUGAUUUGAAAGAAGAAGUAGUCUCUGCAUUUACAAAUCCAGCUUUUAUCCAAGACGAAACUGAAAUAAAAUUAACGGCAGCAGAAGAAGAAGCAGAACAAAGUCUGAAUGAUUUGACAAAUCGACUUGAGGCAGAGGAGAACAAAGGUAUGAUCGUUGACAGUUAUAAUCCAUCUGAAAGUGACAUUGAGUUGGAUCCAAUAAAUGGCUACGAAAAUACCCCUCCGAAAUUCGCUGAGGCAACUCCAAAGGAUUAUGAAAAUGUUCCACAUACUUUUAAAUCCACUGAUCUGCCGGAAGAUUACCCAGCUAAUGAUCAAAACGAAGCAGAUUCUGAAAAUAAUACAAACGAGAACAUGGACGACGAUGAGGAACCACAUCCGGACUAUGAGUUAAAGGCGGUUCGAUUUUCUGCGCAAGUACUUGAUACAGAAGAAAAUAAAUUCGAACCACUGAGAGAAAAGGAGGACAAACCAGAUCUAAGAAAAGACGAAGAAUCUGGAGAAGACCUUGAUGAUGAAGAGAAUAAUGUAGAGUCAGGUGAACAUGUGAAUGAAGAAUUGGAGGAAGACAAAGAUGAUUUUGGUGACGGAAUAGAAAACGAACGCACUGAUGAGGAAAUUCUGUCUCCGAACGAAGUUCUGCAAGAUGAAAAAAGUGAAAACGAGGAAGACAUUCCAAAUUUUUCUUUUGAUACAAAAAUGUAA